CCCAGAUUCAAGCUGCCUCACAACUUUCUCACGACCCAAGCUCCAACUGCGCAUCUCUCUCCAUGACGGACCUUACUCCUCUCCUUGACGAGCUUCUCAAAAGCCAUGAUGCUAAACCAAUGACAAGUCCAUCUUUGACUCUCCAGAACAUUGACGAAUUCCAGAAGGAGGCAUAUCGCAUUGUUGGUACCUUGGAUGCCACAGUAUAAACCGUUCUAACAUCUUGUUUAGAACUCCCACAUUGCCUCACUCAAUGCGUACCUCAAAAAAAUAAGACAGUCAUAUCUUUCUACUGCGCCGCCACCACGAAGGACGAGACUCGCUACGAAUGAGAAACAAUGGCCCUUCUUGACAGAUCGCCAAAGAGAGGAGAUUGAUGCCGAGACGAAACAGUUAUUACGAGAACUAAACGCCAGUAUUCGACAUUUGGCAGAUGCUGAGCAAUUGCGACAGGAUACUGAGAGGACACUUUCGCGAGAGAAGUUUGCACGAUUGGGGUUAGGAUCUCUAGGGAAAUGGGCCGCAGGAGGGGCAGGACAAACUAAGUCCUCGGAUCAGCAACUCGAAGAGGCGAGAGCGAAUGCGAUUAGUGGACAUCGAGAAAGUGUUCUAUGGUACUUGCGACAGAAAUUGCAAGAAUGCGGAGGGAUUCAGGCAUCGAUGAUGGAGAAACGAAUACUUCGAGAAGUGGAAAAGAAUAAGAGUGUGCUUGCGAAUUCCAAGCUGCAUAUGCCAGAAUUGGGAGGAUUUGAAAAUGCUGCAGCGGUACCUUCAUCAAGCUACAAAUCAAGUGCCGCUCUGCCUAUGGAAACCCAGCAGAUGGAUCCAGAGACAGAAUUGUCGCAGGAGCAGGUACAAAUGUUUGAACAGGAGAAUCAGGAUAUGUUGAGACUUUACGAGAGUAAAUUGGAUCAAGUUAGGUACGUGGCAGGAUUGUCUCGACGAGAGCUAGAGUUGACACAUUUCCAGAACUGCCGAGAAAUCGCUUGUAGAAAUAUCGGAGCUCCAAACACAGCUUGUCAACAAUCUUGCUACGCAAUCCGAGUAUAUCUCUCAGUUGGUGGAAGACUCUUUGCUAACGACGGAAAAUGUGGGAGGUGGAAACAAACAACUCAAGAAAGCAGCGGAGCGUAAAAGUACGGCCAAGUACGUCUUUUACGCAUCGUGUGGAUUGAGUCUAUUCCUGGUGGUGUGGGAUUUAGUCAUUUGAGAUUAUACUCGAGUACUGAUGGUUGUUGUUUUCUGAAUACUCUGGAUCCAAUACUCUAACUGCCUUUUUGCAUUUUGCAUGUGAGUGCCAACAUCCCCUCGGAUGCUGGCACAGGCACUGCAGAGCAGGUGGGUACGGGGGCUCGUGAUGAACUUCUAUCCAGGUUCAGGCAGUAAGGAGCACAUGCUACGGUAGCAGUAAGAUUUUACAGUAUGAUUUCAUGAAUCGUAAGUCUUGUCAGCUCGUGGAGAACCCUAAGCAGGCUCAAGCUUGAAACUCUACAAGUACCUCGGCGUAGCUGCUAUGACGGUCGAUCCACCAUCCAAGCAGAAGCGGUGCAUUACUAAAAAAUAAUAUAUAAGAUGCGACUUGCCUUGCGUGACUUGGAACUUUCCCGGAAAGGCAGCAAAGUCAGCCCACUUCUUUCCCCAGGCCAACCCCAACUGCAGCUAGCACUCACUUCCCCGAACGCGCCCAGGCCAGCAUACCCGCAGCGUCCCGCAUACAGUGACUCCACCGCUUUCCAUACGCCCCCCUAGCUAUGGCACCCUCAAACGAGCAUCAAAACACUGCCAAUACUGCGGCAUCUCCAAAUAAUCCUGCACCACCACCUCCCUCGUCAUAUAAAAAGUCGUCCUCGCCCGUCUCCCGACUGCAAACCAUAUCCGCACACAUGUCUUCAUCCACCUCCACCAGUUUCUCGGCCGAUGCCGUUCCUCAAGCUCCAGAAGAUCCCCUCUUCGGGCUGAUGGCUGCAUAUCGAGCUGAUACCUUUGACAAAAAAGUCGAUCUCGGGAUUGGCGCUUACAGAGGUGACGAUGCAAAGCCCUGGGUUCUACCAGUGGUCAAGAAGGUACAACUCCAUUGGCAAAAAAAUUCCAAUUCAUCAUUGACUAAUUGCCGCCACUAGGCCGACGAGAUUCUUCGAAAUGACCCCGCCUUGAACCAUGAAUAUCUCCCAAUUGCCGGUCUUGCAAGCUUCACAUCUGCAGCUGCAAAGCUCAUCCUGGGCGCCGAUUCCCCAGCUCUCGCCGACAAACGAGUCUGCAGUCUCCAAACCAUCUCUGGCACAGGUGCCGUUCAUCUCGGAGCUCUGUUUCUCUCCAAAUUCUUCCCAGUCAAAGCAACUGCCUACUUCAGCAACCCAACAUGGGCCAAUCACUUCCAAAUCUUCUCCAACGUCCAACUUGCGCACUCCACUUACCCAUAUUUCUCCGCCUCCACAAAGGGUCUUGACUUUGACGGAAUGAAAAAGGCCAUCGGCAAAGCUCCAGACCGUAGUAUUAUCCUCUUACACGCCUGUGCACAUAACCCCACCGGAGUGGACCCCACCCAGGAGCAGUGGAAGGAACUGGCCGUGCUGAUUCGAGAGAAAUCCCACUUCCCAUUCUUCGACUGCGCAUACCAAGGUUUCGCCUCGGGAGAUCUUGCAAAGGACGCCUGGGCAGUUCGUUACUUUGUUGAGCAGGGCUUCGAGCUUUGCAUCGCUCAAUCCUUUGCCAAGAACUUUGGUUUGUAUGGUGAGCGGGCUGGAUGUUUCCAUUUCGUGACUGGUCCCGGAACGGAUUCCCAGGCUACUAUUGGACGUAUUGCUUCCCAGCUUGCUAUUUUGCAGCGUUCGGAGAUCUCGAAUCCUCCUGCAUAUGGUGCUAGAAUUGCGGGGUUGGUGCUGAAUGAUGAGGCGCUGUUUGCGGAGUGGGAGGAGAACUUACGGACGAUGUCCGGAAGAAUUAUCAGCAUGCGAAAGGCAUUACGGAGUAAACUUGAGGAGCAAGGUACACCGGGUACUUGGAAUCACAUCACGGAUCAGAUUGGCAUGUUCUCCUACACUGGUUUGUCGGAGAAGCAGGUCUUGGAACUUCGUAGUACGGCGCAUGUUUAUAUGACCAAGAAUGGUCGUAUAUCGAUGGCGGGUCUGAACACGGGGAAUGUCGACUACUUUGCUAAGGCGGUUGAUAAGGUCGUGAGGGAUUCUCUGUGAGGAGAUCGGCGACUGUAGUACGAUUUUAUGAUAGGAGAGCCUAGAGCUUAAACUCCAUUCAAUGAAAAUUAACAAGGAUGAAGAUUCA